AUAAUACUACAGCAAAGAAUACCCAGUAUAAUAUUACGUGUGUCCUACAGUCUACAACUAGUUACUUAUUCUAAUCAGUCUAUAACUAGUACUUAAUCUAAUCUGUGGUUUGGACAGUUGACAGUGGACUUUAAAGUUUUGACAUUAAAAAGCUUAAAAAUAAAACGGUAUAAAUUUCCACUUUCCAGUUAUCCCAAAUAACUUUAAGUUUUUAAGCAGAAAUAGGUACAUGUAGAUUACAGAAACAAAAUUAAAGAUUAUAAAUCAUACAUACAUAAUACCUAAAUAAUAACAAAUUAUUACAGUACUAUAAAAGAGAGUACAACAGUACCUAUGCUAAUUUGUUAAAAAUAUGUUUGAAUCUGAUGAUUAUGAUCAGGUAUUAUCGCAAUUAGAUCUCCCCGGGGUGUCCGAAUCCCAAAUUUGUGAAAAGGACAAAUUUGGUAACACCGCACAACUCCAAAGCAGAGAUGAAUCAAGUAUAUCGAAGUUGGAACAAGUGUCUUUUCUUAAAAACAACGUAGAAAGCAAUUCUCAAUAUUCAAGUGAAAAUGAAAUAAGUGGCAAAACAAUAGAACUUAAAAGAAAAACUAUUAAUGAAACUGAAAUAUCACCAAAGCACACCAAAAGAAAAAUUAUAAAUUCGCAUUUUGAUCACACAAAUAAAAGAAAGUUUCCAGGUCCUGCAGGAUUAUUAACAGGAACUUUGGAUGAAACGAACAAUAAUCCAUUAUGUCAGAUAGAAUUACUUUCACAGGACAUAAACUCAUCACAAAAUAAUUUGCCACAUGGUCUUUUUGAAACACCUCUGUGGAAGAGGCUUUUAGAAGAUACAAAAAGCAUAAAAAAUAUCAACACAAUCAAAUCAAUAAAACAACAGGCAUUAACAGGUAACCUAAGAAGAAGAAAGGCUAAAAUAGUGCAAGCAUUUGUAGAGUCCAUAGAUAGAUCUGCUAUAGAUCCUUUAAUAACAUUAAGAGAUACAACAGGUAACAUAAAAUGCACUUUGCAUAGGGAUGCAUGGACAAUCUUUGCAUCAUAUAUAGCAUCGGAAUAUUGUGCUCUAGUCCUCAAAAACCCAACUGUGUUAACAACUGGUAGUACCUUUAAAAAUCAUUACCUGAAUAUUACAAUAAGUAAUAUUUACUACAUAUAUAGCACAACAAUUGUUAAUGAUGACGAAGAGUUGCCUAAUGGUUUUGUAAAGAUAUCUAAUGAGGAAUUUACAAUUGUUAAGCGGGAGAAACAAAUAUCAGAUAGUGAUAGUGCACCCGAUAUACCAGUUGAUGAAAUGAAGGAACUGGAAGGUUUAGACUUUUCUGAUAUUUUUUAAAAUGUUAAAUAUCAUUUUAAUACAAUUUU